UGACAUUGAUAUAGUGGCAAUGAAAGCCAGUAACUAUUUAAUGGAGGCCGCCCAUUCUUUCCGUAUCUACCUCAAGAAUCACUGCGCAGUCCGAAAGCCUAAAAAAGGCGAAGCGCCCAAACCGGAGCGGAAGCCGAAUAAGGCGGUGAUAUGGGUCGCUAAGGAGUACCCGAAGUGGCAACAUAUCAUUUUGAGUACUCUCAAGGAGUUAAAUGGGCCUUCAGGUCUCCCCGAUAACAAAGUAUUAUCAACAAAACUUUCUGCUAUAAACGAUCUUAAAAAAUAUAUGAAAAGAGUGAUGCCAUUCGUUCAAGCCACAAGAGAUAAUCUACAAAAGAUUGGUCCCGAAGCACUCUCUGUUGCCUUGCCCUUUGAUGAGGCCCAACUGCUUGAAGAUAACAAACAAUAUCUGCUGAAUACUUUGGAUGUAAGUAUUUGUAGGCUUAAUAUUUACCGCUUCGUAUAA